UGCUGAAGUGUAACUUGACGCAGCGCAGGACCACCGCAGCAUCCAGGAGGAGACUGAAGUGUGCAGAGAGGGCUGAGCUGCAGCUUGUGAGUGUUUGUUGAUCCUAGCUGAGGUGGCGUGCAGAGGUCAUCAUGGGGGAACUGUUCAGAAGUGAGGAGAUGACUCUGGCCCAGCUCUUUCUCCAGUCAGAGGCAGCCUACUGCUGUGUGAGCGAGCUGGGAGAACUGGGCAUGGUCCAGUUUAGAGAUCUGAAUCCAGAUGUAAACGUGUUCCAGCGCAAGUUUGUGAAUGAAGUGAGGCGCUGCGAGGAGAUGGACAGGAAGCUGAGGUUUGUUGAGAAGGAGAUCAAAAAAGCCAACAUCCCGACAGUGGACACUGGAGAGAACCCGGAAGUUCCUUUUCCCAGAGACAUGAUUGACCUGGAGGCCACAUUUGAGAAGCUGGAGAAUGAACUGAAGGAGAUAAACACCAACCAGGAAGCUCUGAAGAAGAACUUCCUGGAGCUGACGGAGCUCAAACACAUCCUCCAUCGAACGCAGCAGUUUUUUAACGAGGUUUGCUCACACAUGCACGACACAGAAGAACAAAGCUUUGUGGCCGGAGUGAUCAGCAGGGAGAGGAUUCCCACCUUUGAGCGGAUGCUGUGGAGGGUGUGCCGUGGUAAUGUCUUUUUAAGGAAGGCAGAGAUCGAGGACCCACUAGAGGACCCCACCACAGGAGAUCAAGUCCACAAGUCGGUGUUCAUCAUCUUCUUCCAGGGUGACCAGCUGAAGAACCGGGUGAAGAAGAUCUGUGAGGGGUUCCGUGCGUCGCUCUACCCCUGCCCAGAGACCCCGCAGGAGAGGAAGGAGAUGCUGGCUGGAGUCAACAGCCGCAUCGAUGACCUGCAAAUGGAGAGGAGCGGAUCAACAGUGCCCUCCAUCCUAAACAGGAUGCAGACCAAACAGACUCCACCCACCUUCAACAAGACCAACAAGUUCACAUCAGGCUUCCAGAAUAUUGUGGACGCCUACGGCAUCGGAAGUUACCGGGAAAUCAAUCCAGCUCCGUACACCAUCAUCACCUUCCCCUUCCUGUUUGCUGUCAUGUUUGGUGACAUGGGCCACGGCCUGCUGAUGACCUGCGCUGCCCUCUACCUGGUCAUUCGAGAGAGUCGCCUCCUCGCCCAGAAGAGUGACAAUGAGAUGUUCAACAUGAUUUUUGCUGGACGCUACAUCAUCCUCCUGAUGGGCAUCUUCUCCGUCUACACAGGCGUCAUUUACAACGACUGUUUCUCUAAGUCACUCAACAUGUUUGGGUCUGGCUGGAGUGUCAGGCCCAUGUUCGGCCCCAAAGGAGCCAACUGGACUAUUUUGUUUUGCGUCAAUUAUAUCGUCAAUUAUGUCGUUAUUGCAAAUUUUUCUCUGCAGAUCUGGAAUAUUGCCACCAACAAGCUGACUUUCCUCAACUCCUUUAAGAUGAAGAUGUCCGUCAUCCUGGGCAUCAUCCACAUGAUAUUUGGAGUGUCUCUCAGCCUCUUCAACCACCUGUACUUCAAGAAGCCUCUGAACAUUUUCCUGGGCUUCAUCCCAGAGAUUGUCUUCAUGACCAGCUUGUUCGGCUACCUUGCCCUGCUGAUCUUCUACAAGUGGACAGCCUACACCGCCCAGACGUCCAAGGAUGCUCCCAGCCUGCUCAUCCACUUCAUCAACAUGUGUCUCUUCAACUACGGUGACCCCACCAACAAACGCCUCUACGAGGGACAGAUGGCGAUCCAGGUUUUGUUGGUGCUGAUUGCCCUUGCAUGUGUUCCCUGUAUGCUGAUUGUGAAAACUAUGGUGCUUCGGCGUCAGCACCUGUGGAAAAAGCACCUGGGCACGCAGAAGUUUGGAGGGGUGCGGGUGGGCAACGGGCCCACAGAAGACGAAGCUGGCAUCAUGGACCACGACCAGCUCUCCCAGCACUCAGAAGAAGGCGACGAGUUUGAUUUCGGCGAUGUAGCCGUCCACCAGGCUAUCCACACCAUAGAGUACUGCCUGGGGUGCAUCUCCAACACAGCCUCUUACCUCCGCCUGUGGGCCCUCAGCCUGGCUCAUGCACAGCUCUCAGAGGUCCUCUGGUCCAUGGUGAUGCACCUCGGCCUCUCCUCCCGGAGCGGGGGCGGGUUCUUCGGCCUGUCCAUCAUCUUCGCCUUCUUCGCCGUGCUAACGGUCGCCAUCCUGCUCGUGAUGGAGGGGCUGUCAGCCUUCCUGCAUGCCCUGCGUCUGCACUGGGUCGAGUUCCAGAACAAGUUCUACUCGGGUCAGGGCUUCAAGUUUGUCCCCUUCUCGUUCGAGAGCAUCCUGGAGGGAAGAUUCGACGAGUGAUCGGCCUCGGCCCAUCCAGCAGUCUUCAGUGGUCCCUCUGUGUUUGUGUGGGCGUGCAUGAGCCCCAGUGCAGUGUUUGUCUCCCCCUGGUGGCACUUUGUGAAACUUUAUUGUGUAUGAACUGUAGUUUAUUCCCUGUGACGUGAAGCGCAUUCCCGGGCUUAUCCCCACAAACCUGGUCUUUGCAUUUAAACACAGAUAUCACACAAUCAGUCCAAACACUUUCAGGUCAAAUCAAGCUGAAUAUACUUUCAUAUGCAGCAGUUAUGUGUGUGCAGAGGUGCAUCAUGGGUCAGGCGCGCCCACAAGUUUAUAUAUAAUCAAACGUAAAUAAAUGAUCGCGUCUCGCUGGAUUUAAGGACAUGAAGUCGUCUGUCUGUGUCGUCAUCAGUUCUCACAUGCUGCUUACAGCUCACUGCUCCCUGGAUCAUCUUUCUCUCCUCUGGAGACGAGCUGCACCCGAGCUCCACCCGAGCCCCACCUGCUCUCAUUCAUCAGCUGCUGUGCUGCUUGCACUGUAGUAUUUCUGUGAGGACACACCUCGCUCCAGUCGUCUGUGUUGCUCUUUGCAGGUAAUCAUUGAAAUGAUCUGAUGGCAGCUCCGUCUGUGAACGUGGAGCUCCGCCCUCUUUGGUGAACCCCAGCAGAAGCUUUCACACUAGCAUUAAAUCUGGCCCUAACACCGGGCGGCGCUGCGAUCGCUCAUUUACACCCAAAAUGAAUCUAAACUGAUAAAGCUCAGCAUGAAUAUUCGGUUUCCCCAGUGGUGGAGCACUACUCCGCUGUACAUGUGUCAGAUGUCUUAUCACAGGGUACAGCUCAUGAUAAAUGCUUUGGCUGACUGGAAAUACAGGUUUUGUAACUUUGACACAGUGAGACAACAUCCAGAUAUUUUGUGAUGUUUCUUUGCUCGAUCACGACUCUGAUCAUUCCUGUCAGCGUCCACCUGCUACACAGUGACGAGGUUCUCACUGUUUUAUUCUAACUUUUUAAACAAGCAUUUGUUUUUCGUCCCCGUACAUCACCUGUGAUGCAUCGGCACAUACUCUGCCAGUUCAGUCACACAUGCUCACAUAUCAGAGAAGACUUUAUGCACAUCUUUGAGAGUUUAGAUCACAAACUAAGGCUGUUGCUGCACAUGAAACAGCACGUUUCACUGUUGCACUCUCAGGACUGAUUCCACGCAGCGUGGGAACUGACCGUGAUUACUGGGAGAGUUUUCUCUGGGACCCCACUGAAGAUCCUGCUCGUGCAGUGACAACACCUCAGCUGUGAUGAGUCACAGGUCACGUAUUUCAAGAUUAAAGCAUCUUUAACAUGUGAUAUCAGCAUUAUAAUUAGAAUCUCAUUGCAGCUUUUAAAGUGAAUGUUUGGUUUGAAUUAGUGUGUGGCUGUAACCUGCUCCGUCUGUGUUUCCUGCUGUAAACCAGUUAAAGAGGGAACUCUGUCACCUCUGAUUGUUUCAAAGCUUGGAAGAUAAUAUCACAUAUAGACUUCAGUCCUUUGUUUCUUUAGCCUUUUAUUUAAUGGUUUGAAAUCAGUGUCCAGCCUCUCCAACUCCUGAGUGUGUCUGAGAUCUAAGGUUUAGUCAGCCGUUAGUCCGCAUUCAUGUUGGUUUGAUCACCACAGCUGUUAUUGGGCUGGAUUUUCAUCAUCCCUGUGUUUGGUUUUAUGGGAACGUGUAUUUGAAGUGCUGUGAUGAACUUGUGUUUCCAUUUGGAUGAGAAAAAAUCAGACGUGCUGUUGAUGUUGAACAGUGACAGAAGUGUAAAGUGUUCAUGUGUUAAUAAACAGACACCUGGGGAUUCA